AUGGCACUUGCACCUACUAUUGGUCUAGUUGCACUCACCAAGGUUAUAGUUAAAGACAUAACGACCAUUUAUGAAAAUGCGCAAUGCAAUCAAUAUAUUGCCAAAGCAUUAAUUGACCGAACUAAGACUGCGGAAUAUUUCUUAGAUAUAUUAUCUAGAAGUGAAGAACAUGAGACUAUCACCAAGAUUAUAGUUCAAGAAAAGGUUGAAAUUUAUGAAAAUACAAAAUAUACCGAAUAUACCUGUCAAAUACUUUCUGAAAGUAACCCAGUUUUUUCAGAAAGAAAUUUCUAUCUUGCCACUCAGAGGUUCAAAAAUACGUUAAAUCAGGCCAAGAGUUUUGCGGAAGAAGUAACCAAAUUUAAGGGAAUAAAAAAAUAUUGGAAUGCUAAUUAUGCGAGAAAAAAAUUUGAUAAGUUAAUGAAAGAAUAUGACGAUUACAUGAGUGAUUUGAAUACUACCGUAACAAUAACAAACGCAGUUCAGCACAUGAUCGAUAUGAAGAUAGUUAUAAAACAAUUUGAAAAUCUUGAUAAAUAUCUUAAAAAUAACAAAAAGAGUACUGACAAUAUAACUAUUCAGGAAUUAUCUUGUAAUCAUAACCAAUCAUUAACAGUCAUUGAUUCAGAAGACUUAAGUGAUCCUGCCAUUAUAGAAAAAAAAAUCUCCAAUAACUCCGUUUUUAAAAAGUUAUACAAAAAAAAUAUUGAAGUAGCAUGUAAACCAUUUAAACCUACCAAAGGCCGUGCAUCAGAAUGCACAACACCUAGCGAUCAUUCCCCUAGCAGUUGUUUAGGGCCUAAACAAGAUAAUCCAACAGAAUCCGAAGAACUACAAAGUUCUAAUAUAGAAGAAGAUUCUUCAAUGACAAAGACUAAUAAUGGUUAUGAUGUCGCUCAGUAUAAUCUUGGUAUUUAUUAUUUACAAAAAGAUCAACAAAUGGCAUUGAAGUAUUUAAGCCUAGCAGCUUCGAGAGGUAAUAAUGAUGCUAAAGAAAAAUUAGAAGAGCUAAAAUCGUAA